GAUAUCUAAUAAAAAAAAAAAUGGCUUUGGGACAAAGGGACUCGGAGAUUCUUGUCAGCGAUGUGAGCCGACAAAUAAGUCUCGUUGCAUAAGUCGCGUUAAUAUUGAAGAGUGGGAAGCGGCGCGUCAAUUAUGACACUGUUAUCGCACAAUCUCGCCGGAGCUACGAGUAUUCGCGACUGAUAUAUUCCUGGCCGAGGCCCAUUGUUGACUGUUCUUCGAAUGAAAAUGUUGGUGUGCCACGAUUAUAUAUGACUUUAAAAUGCAUCGAAUAACGUAUCGCAAUUGGGAGCGAACGCGCGAGUUCGCUCGUAUGGCAUUUCACGCUAGUGCGCUGAACGCAGUAAUAUAUCUCUCACGUUUACUGAAUUUGUCAUUGUUUUACAGAUGUUUAGCCCUAUACAAAUUAAGCACGAAUGUACAACUGUAGAGGACGUAAACGCGAGUAGUAGGAUUAGCAGUUCAGACAGUUCCUUGUAUCCUUUUAUCAAUCAAGAUGUCGAGUACAAGCACAGCCGUCAGCUGUCUCAAUUUUGGGAGCAGACGCAGCUGUCGAGCGAGAUGUCUGCGAAGAGCGAGAUUCACGCUCAACAGGCCAUGUUCCAGGCGGAAGAGGCUGGAAGUUUGUCGUACGUACAGAAUGGCAUAUUCUAUCCGGUCGAGCAAGAGGACGGCAACAAUCAAAUGCAGACGAGUAAUCAGUGUGAUCAGAGUACAAGCAACGCCGUCAUAGUGCAAGAGAACAAGCAACCGCAACUGCCGCAAGAUUUGCAAAAUGUAGGGGAUAUUAGUCAGACGUUAACGACGCAAUCGGUGACCGCCGUGAAAAACAAUCGCCUUGGGAGACCGUCGAAGAGCACCGCGGAGUCUGGCACGGGUAAAAAGUUGAAAUGCCAAUGUGAGAUUUGCUUCAAGGAGUUCGGACAUAAGAGCAAUCUGUUCAUACACAUGAGAACGCACAACGGGGAGAGGCCGUACAAGUGCAGCCAGUGUGACAAGUGUUUUACGCACAGUGGCAACUUGGCUAUACACAUGAGAACGCAUUCCGGCGAGCGUCCGUACGGCUGCCAGAUAUGUGGAAAGAUGUUCAGCCACAGUGGAAAUCUCUCCACUCACCUGAGAACUCACUCGGGCGUGAAGCCCUACAAAUGUAACGUGUGCGGUAAAGAGUUUCGGCACAGUGGUAACCUGUCGAUACACGAGAGGAUACAUUCCGGGAUUAAGCCGUUUCAAUGUAAGAUUUGCGGCAAGGAGUUCUAUCACAGCGGCAAUCUGACGACCCACAUGAAGAAACAUCCCGCGAGUACGGACGCGAACGCGACUGACUGUGAAAACAAUCAAAAGCACGUACUGCACGCCGGUGCGGACGCUACCGCUUCUUCAAAUUAUUUAAAUAACGUGUCUUUAACGCUCAACGAUGACAUUAAAUUAAUGCAUAAUACUAGUAAUGUGGUUCCUAUAAAGAAUGAAAGUACAGAAGACGCUGUAUUAAACCCUAUGGGAAGAUUAACAUCUACUUCUAGUUGAAGGUAUACAUCAUCAUUAUUAUUAUUAUGCAGGAUGAAUUAUAUAAUUUGUUACAAGUUGAUAUUAUUGCCAAUAACUAGACAAAAAAUUCUUGAUGCCUUAACAAUAAGAAAGUAUUGUAUAUUAUUGUUAUAUGUAAUUUCUUUAAAAAUUUGAAAUUGUUUAGAUUUUAAAAGGUUGCUCAGAUCCUGAGCUAUCAAAAAGUUUUGCAAUAAUUUGAGAUGGAUAUUGAUUUGUAAUAAGUUACAUAUGAUAUCCUGCACAUGAAGAAUUUUUAAAAAUAUCACUUUAGUAUUUUUUUCAUUCAAUGCUCUUGCAAACGAGCAAUUUUUUACUGGUAAAAUCGAUAAACAACGUUCAUUUUUAUACCUUAAUAUGGAUACAUGAUGGUCUUCCUAAAUCUUAAAUGUAACAUUGUGUAAAAAAUCAUUAACUUGUUUUAUGUUGACUUAUUUAAGAUCAAGUGGUGUAUGAUUAUAAUGAUCUGUGAUGUUUUUGAGUUACUAAAAUAGGAUAUGAGAGGACAGUAGAAACAAUACUUUUAUAUAAAAAAAAUUGCCACCAUUUAUUUAUAUAAAUAAUUAACAUAUUCAAUAUUUCUCCUUUCAAUU